AUGAGUCUGCCUGGGCCUUCCAUCCAGACCAGACAGCCCUGGUCGGAGCAGCCCCAGCUCCCCACAGCCUCCCCAGGGACUGUCCGCUAUCUGUCUGCUGCCAAUGAAGGAAAAACACCCCUCCUCCCCUCUGUCCCCCUGAGGCCCACUGCUCAGGGGAUGCUGGGGGUGUGGCAAUGGGGAGACACACAGGGCUGUGUUUACUCUUCUCUGUGGCCCUGGGACGCCUUGAUGCGGAUCUGGUCGUGGGAACAAUGUGGGGAGACUAGCAUGGUGCUACUGGGGUUCCUCACCCUGGGAUUGUCUGUAGGGAACCUCUCAACCAGGGGACAGGAGGAUGGGGCAGCCUCCAACAGUCUGGAGGAUGAGCUGGAGUCCACCACAUACUGGUGGGGGGAGUGGGCCAAGUGGACCGCCUGCACGCGCACCUGUGGAGGUGGGGUCAUGUCCCAGGAGAGGCACUGUCUCAAACAGAGAAAGAAAGCAGCCGCUGGUAGAGACAACAUGACCUGCAGUGGCACUUCGAAAAAAUACCUCCUCUGUAACACCAAGGACUGCCCUUCCUCUGGGAGAAGCUUUAGGGAAGAGCAGUGCUGGUCGUUCAACUCACAGGUCUACAAUGGCAGGAACUACCACUGGAAACCCCUGUAUCCCGAUGACUAUGUCCAUAUCUCCAGUAACCCAUGUGACCUGCACUGCACCACAGCCGACGGCCAGAGACAGCUGAUGGUUCCUGCCCGAGACGGAACAUCCUGCAAGUACAGCAACUACAGAGGGGUCUGUGUGGACGGCAGAUGUGAGCCAAUCGGGUGUGAUGGAGUGCUCUUCUCGCCCAAUACACUGGAUACGUGUGGAGUGUGUCAGGGGGAUGGCAGCAGCUGCAGCAGGGUCAAUGGAAACUUCCGCCGUGAGGCCACCAGUUUGGGUUACUCCUUUAUCACAACAAUCCCUGAGGGUUCCUGGGACAUCCAGAUCAUUGAGAGGAAGAAGUCAGCUGAUGUUUUGGCUGUGACUGAUCAGGCGGGGAACUUCUUUUUCAAUGGAAACUACAAGGUGGACAGCCCCCAGAACUUCCAUGCGGCGGGUACCGUCUUCAAGUACCGGCGGCCCAUGGAUGUGUAUGAGACGGGAAUCGAGUACAUCGUAGCCAAAGGGCCCAUCAACCAGGCCAUCAAUGUUCUGGUGUGGAACCAGAAUGGUCGUAUCCCUUACAUUACGUACGAGUACACCGUCCUACGGGAGUCCCUGUCCCCCAUCCCUCAACCCCCUGUCUACACCGGCCCCGACAGCACCACCCCUGGGGUUUCCGUGGAGAUGGGCAGUAUGGUGGCCCCCAACGAGAGCACGUAUGACAAGGCGAUACCUGAGACUCAUCAGAACCGUUUGUUGAAGAAGGGGGCCGAGAUGGCAGGGGCCGAGGGCCAGGAGACCAAUGAGGUGAAUGAGGAUACAGCAGCCAUUGACUGUGACCAGGACAGCCCAACCCUUCCACAAUACACAGAUGGCAACAGCAGUCACACAGGCAGUGUAGCAGUCCCUGCCCCGGCAGCCAGCAGGCCUUUAGAGGAGGUGCCAGACCCAGAGAACCUCAUCUGGAGAGUCUUGCUGGGCGAGCGGAUUGGUCCAGAUGUGGGAGAGGGACUGUUCUCGUCAGAGGUGGGGCCAUUGGAGGUAGACCAUAGCAGUGUGAAGUUCCCCCUCAAAAGCUCACUGGGGGAGUUCAGUCUGGGCCGGCGGAGGAAUGAUACUGGAGACCUGCUGUUCCCCAACAGGACGUUGCUGACAGGGAUGAGGAGCAACAACCGUACCAACAGAACUAGGACCAUUCAGAGGUUCCUGCAGAAGAACUUCAAGCUGAGCCCUGCAGACAUGUACCGCUGGAAACUGUCUUCUCAGGAACCCUGCACCUCCACCUGCUCUAUAGGAGUGUCAAAGUCCUUUGCCAUGUGUGUGCGCUACGAUGGAGCUGAGGUAGAUGACAUGCAGUGUGACAAUAUGACCCGACCUGAGCCUGUUCAUGACUUCUGCAUUGGGAGGGAGUGCCAGCCCAGGUGGGAGGCCAGCAGUUGGAGUGAAUGUUCUCGUACUUGUGGUGAGGGCUUCCAGUUCCGUCUGGUGCGCUGCUGGAAGAUGCUGUCCCCCGGGCUGGACAGCUCUGUGUACAGUGAUCUCUGCACCGUGGCAGAACUGGAGAGGCCUCUGGAGCGCCGUGCCUGUAAGAGCCCCACCUGUGGCCCCCAAUGGGAGGUGGCCGAGUGGACUGAGUGUCCAGCCAAGUGUGGCCACAGGGCCCAGGUGACCCGGGAGGUCAGGUGUUCAGACGAAACCAAGUUAUGUGAUCCCCCGACCCGCCCCCCUAACAUUAAGAACUGCACAGGCUCGCCCUGCGAACGCCAGUGGACUGUGUCAGAGUGGGGGCCAUGCUCGGGGUUGUGCGGCCAGGGGAAGAUGGUACGCCACGUGUACUGUAAGACACCAGAGGGCCGUGUGGUGCCUGAAUCUCAGUGCUCUCUGGAGAAUAAGCCCCUGGCCAUCCAUCCCUGUGGGGAGAAGGACUGUGCCCCACACUGGCUCACUCAGGACUGGGAGAGGUGUAACACGACAUGUGGCCGCGGUGUGAAGCGGAGGAUCGUGCAAUGCGCCGGCAUCACCGCUGGGAAGUUCCAGACCCACGACAACGAGGACUGUGGUGCCAGUGAGAGGCCAGAGGACGAGAACACCUGCUUUGAGAGGCCCUGUUUCAAGUGGUACACCACACCCUGGUCUGAGUGCACUAAGAUGUGUGGUGUGGGUGUUAGGAUGAGAGAUGUAAAGUGCUACCAGGCUAGGGAGAUCGUGAGAGGGUGUGACUCCCUGACCAAGCCUGUGGCCAAGCAGACCUGCGCCCUGCAACCCUGUCCCACUGAACCCCCAGAUGAGAGCUGUCAGGACCGACCCACCACCAACUGCUCUCUAGCUCUGAAGGUGAACCUGUGCAGUCACUGGUACUACAGCAAGGCCUGCUGCCAUUCCUGCAGGGCCCAGCACACCUCUUAGUAUUGCCUGACACCCCCAAAGCCUUUCCCCCAUAGUAGGCUACUCUACUUCACCACAGUAAGUUACUCUACCACACCACACUAGGCUACUCUACUACACUACAGUAGACUACUCUACAGUAAGUUACUCUACUACACCACACUAGGCUACUCUACUACACCACACUAGGCUACUCUACUACACUACAGUAGACUACUAUACAGUAAGUUACUCUACUACACCACACUAGGCUACUCUACUACACUACAGUAGACUACUCUACAGUAAAUUACUCUACUACACCACAGUAGGUUACUCUACUACACUACAGUACGUUCCCCACAGUAAGUUACUCUACUACACCACAGUAGGCUACCCUACUUCACCACAGUAAGUUACUCUACUACACCACAGUAGGCUACUCUACUACACCACACUAGGCUACUCUACUACACCACAGUAAGUUACUCUACUCUACCACACUAGGCUACUCUAAUACACCACACUAGGCUACUCUACUGAACCCUAGUAGGCUACUCUACUGCACCCCAGUAGGCUACUCUACUGCACCCCAGUAGGCUACUCUACUACACCACACUAAGCUACUCUACUACACCACACUAGGCUACUCUACUACACCACACUAGGCUACUCUACUACACCAGACUAGGCUACUCUACUGCACCACAGUAGGCUACUCUACUGCACCCCAGUAGGCUACUCUACUACACCACACUAGGCUACUCUACUGCACCCCAGUAGUCUACUCUACUGCACCCAGUAGUCUACUCUACUGCACCCAGUAGGCUACUCUACUACACCACACUAGGCUUCUCUACUACCCCACACUAGGCUACUCUACUACACCACAGUAGGCUACUCUACUACACCACAGUAGGCUACUCUACUACACCACAGUAGGCUACUCUAUUACACCACACUAGGCUACUCUACUGCACCCUAGUAAGUUACUCUACUACACCACACUAGGCUACUCUACAACACCACACUAUGCUUCUCUACUACACCAAACUAGGCUACUCUACUGCACCACAGUAGGCUACUCUACUACACCACACUAGGCUUCUCUACUACACCACACUAGGCUACUCUACUACACCACACUAGGCUACUCUACUGCACCCCAGUAGGCUACUCUACUACACCACACUAGGCUACUCUACUACACCACACUAGGCUACUCUAUUACACCACACUAGGCUACUCUAUUACACCACACUAGGCUACUCUACUACACCACAGUAGGCUACUCUAUUACACCACACUAGGCUACUCUACUACACCGCAGUAGGCUACUCUAUUACACCACACUAGGCUAUGGUAUAUCCAAAGGGAUAUGAUCUAAAUAAGGAAAAAACAGUAGAAUAUGAUAAAGGCUUCAGUAUGAACCACAUACCUUUCUUUCAGAGGUUGUCAAUUGGGCACAUGCAAAGACUGAAACCCUGAAGUAUUAAGAGUCAAGCGGGGAGACGAGAGAGCAAAGAGUGAACUGGUGCAUCUAUUUUUGUCUUUUGAAGAGAGAAUCCUACAUCAGAAAUCUCUUAAACCACACAGGGCCAUACUUAUGUGGAAAGAUGCAUCAAAUUAUUUCCUGGUUGACUAUACUGCAUGUCUAGACUGUAUUUAAGGUAAAUAUUGAUUAUAUUGUUAAUUAGUGUCUGGCACAAGGAAGGUGGCCUUACUGAGUGUUAUCCUUGGCUAUGCUAUAAGAAAUAGUACAAUAUGUCAAAGAAAGGUUUUAAAAAAUGUCUCAAGACUCAUUUCAGCUUCAUCUCUUGUAAGUGUCCCAUUUUAUUCUGCUCAUUCUAUUGUUAUUAUGCCCAUACUGCUAUUUCUAUGUUAUUAGUUAUUUUUGCAGGACAUACAAUUUAUUUAUUGCUCAUCACACUUAAUUUUUAUCAAUCAUGGCAUAUAAUUCUUGAAGUUACUAAAUGCCAGUUAGCUAAAUGUGAAUGAGAGCGUGAAUUGAGAGGGUAAGACUGAAGACAUACAGUAUGACCAUACAGUUAUCCCAUUUAUGAACUGAAAGAUUCCUGACACGUGAGAAGGUUGAAAUACAUUCAAGAGUGUGUGUCUCAUAUUGGCAAUAUCGUUAUCUAGUUUACUGGUUUUGUUAACUGAUGCCUCUUUGUCCAAAAAAAGUUAUCAUUGACAUUUUGUACUGUUAUCAACUGAAAUGCUCAAUGUAUCUACCUGUAUUUCAAUUAAAAGGUCUACAUUA